CCGAUGUCGCUGUGCUUGUGCUUGUUGAUAGUCUUUUAUAAUGUUGGAGGUAUAACUGAUUAUCUCGGGUGGAAUUCACGGGAAUCAAGCUGUCAGUAAGCGGCGCCUUUGUAUGACAAUUUCCCUUCAGGCGUCCCUUAUAAAAGGCGGACAUGGACGUACAGCUCCAUCAGUAAGCCGUGCAUGCAGAAGAGUGAGCAAUAUAACAGCGGCCACAGUCCGAGCGGCAUCCCGGCGCGCCCCAGUCCGGAUUCCAAGCCAUUUAAUCCCUCCGUUCCAGCAAAAAGCCAAAAUCCAGAUCCGCAGUUUGCAGAUUUCAAAUUUCCCAGGCUGAAUUAGGGAAAUGGCCCGUCUUGAUAUACAGUUACCCCAGCCACAUACGUGCGAUUCAGCGUCCAGCACAGGAGAUUUCAGAGAUUUCACCCAAGUAGUGCGACACCCCGUCUGAGGACCUGGAUCCGUCGUUCCGGGAAACCUGGACCAUUUUCGCACCGACUACAUGGGCAUUUCCUACUGAACUGACGUGUGAUCUUACAUCACUGGCCUUGGGAUGAAUCAUCGCUAGAAACAAGGAUGCUGCUGGAAUAGAUGCGUAAUCGCAGUUGGUUCAAAUCAGGUUUCGUAUAUUAAUUUUCACCAUGGAAGAAAUACUCCGAAAGCUACAAAAAGAUGCGUCCGGGAAUAAGCACAAAGCGAUAAGAGAUGCCUGCACUUUAGCUUGUGGUAGGUACUUCGUGCGACACCUGACGGCUGUGAUGGGCGUUCACAUACUUUUCACUACCACCAGAAAUGCAAGAAGACUAACUGGUCCAACUGCUGCUGUUUGCUUUGAUUUUUCUGUAAAUCAAACUGGGCAGAAUGGUGAGAAUCAGAUCCUACACUUUUUAAUCCAGUGCCGUAGAGGGGCCCCUGCCGGCUUUUACAUGCUGCUUUUCCACAGGGAGAGAUGCCUGCUCCCUCUCCGACUCGCCUUGGAGUCUAAGAACAGCAGGCUGGCGCAGACGGCCCUCGCCGGGAUGCAGAAGAUACUCUGUGAAGAUCGCUUUAUCGCAGUCGAUCCCGAGCCGCCGGAGAAGCAGCUGUUGAGCCAAAUUCUGGAUGCUGUGCGGGUGACGCCCACUCUCCAUGAAGACCUGCAGGUGGAGGUGAUGAAGGUCCUGCUCUGCAUCACGUACUCGUCCACCUUCGAGAUCAAUGGAGACGCCAUCCUGAGGAUUGCAGAGGUGUGCAUUGAGACCUACAUGUCCAGCUUCCACCAGCGCAGCAUCAACACAGCCAUACGCGCAACACUCAGCCAGAUGCUGGGCGAUCUCACCCUGCAGCUGCGUCAUCGGCAGGAGAACACGACAGCAGAAGGAGACGAGUGGGUGUUGUCAACAGUGCAGCGCAAAGAUGCCUCCCCGACGACCGAGAGUCUGUACGAGGACGUCGUCACCGUGCUCACUGUCUUCUGCAAAAAGCUGGAACGGGUCACAAGUGAUAACCAGCUGCUUCAGCUGCUGUACCUGGAGUGCAUUCUGUCCAUGCUGAGCAGCUGCCCCGCCACCAUGCAUCUGCACCGUGGUUUCACAGACCUUUUAUGGAAACAGCUGUGUCCAUCACUGGUGGCCAUCAUGGGGAAUCCCAUGAACGACAAGACGAUCACGUCGGCUCACGGUGGGGGGCUCCAAGAGAUGGACUCCCCCUCUGCGGGUGUGUCAGACCAAGGCCGGGGCUCAGGCUGCUCCUCCAGUGCUCCUGCGCUCAUCGGUCCCGUGGCCAGGACUGUCUGCUACAUGGCCACGGAGCUGGUGCGCUUGGUGGGCUGUGUGGAGUCCAUGAAGCCUGUUCUGCAGUCUCUGUACCACCGCAUCCUCCUGUACCCGCCGCCUCAGCACCGCGUGGAAGCCAUCAAGAUCAUGAAAGAGAUCCUUGGUAGCCCUCAGCGUCUGUUUGAUCUGGCAGGGCCUUGCGUCACCGAGCCAGAGUCCAGAAAGAGGUCCUUCUCCAAAAGAAAGUCUCACCUGGAUCUGCUCAAACUGGUGAUGGACGGCAUGACGGAGGCCUGCAUGAAAGGUGGGAUUGAGGCCUGCUUCGCCGCAGUGUCGUGUGUAGGCGCCCUGCUGGGGGCUCUGGAUGGUCUGAGCCAAGGUCGGGGCCUGAAGCCGGAGCAGGUUCGGCUGCUGACGCGGCGACUGGAUGAGCUGCGAGACGGCACCGAGUCCUCCCGCGAGUCCAUGGAGGUCAAUGAGGCGGACUUCCGCUGGCAGCGACGCGUCCUGUCGUCUGAGAAUGCGCCCUGGGAACCCAGCGCCACUGAGCGCAGCCCUGACAUCAGCAUCAGUGUCACCACGGAGACGGGCCAGACCACUCUGGAGGGGGAGUUUGGCCGGACGACCCCGGAGGAGUGCGGGGAGGAGCCCCGGCUGCAGUCUCCUUGUGUUCUGGACAGCGGCGCAGGUGCGCCCUCUGGUGGUAGGGAGCCCCCAGCUUUGGCAGAUGCCGGCAGCCAGCCUGACGUGGUACAGCGGAGCCACACGCUGGUCUACCCAGACAUCACCAACUUCCUAUCCGUGGAGUCGCAGGCACGGUCGCAUGGCUCACGCUACAGCGAGAGCAACUUCAGCGUAGACGAGCAGGACCUCUCGCGCACAGAGUUCGACUCUUGCGACCAGUACUCCAUGGCGGCCGAGAAGGACUCCGGCCGCUCCGACGCCUCUGACAUCGGCUCGGAUAACUGCUCGCUGGCUGACGAGGAGCAGACGCCGCGCGACUGCCCGGGGCACCGCUCGCUGCGCACGGCUGCGCUCUCCCUAAAGCUGCUCCGCAACCAGGAAGCCGACCAGCAGAGCGCACGCCUCUUUGUCCAGUCUCUGGCCAGCUUGCUGCCGCGGCUGCUCGGCCUCCAUAACGCCACAGAUGUGGACGUCUCACUCCAGAAUUUCUCCUCCACUUUCUGCUCCAGCUUGCAGGCGGGUGGCAUCCACUCGCCCGGGUUCGAGGGGAGCGAGAACCUGAGCUGCCAGGCCCUGAUGAACGCCGACGGCCUCUACCUGGUGUCCUACUAUGCUCUGCUGCUCAACCUGAAGCUUUGCUGCUGUGAUUAUUACCGCAGGAAGCCGGCGCCAGUGCUGAUCAGCCUGAAAGAGUUUGUGCGUCACAUCCAGAGCAGCGGCGUUCUGGUGGUCCUCUCCCAGGCCUGGAUCGAGGAGCUGUACCACCAGGUGCUGGAGAGGAACCUCCUGGGGGAAGCGGGCUACUGGGGCUCCGCCGAGGACCACUCCCUGCCCCUGAUCACCAUGCUGACAGACAUCGAUGGACUGGGCAGCAGCGCCAUUGGGGGUCAGCUGAUGCGCAAGGCCUCCAUGCAGUCGCCCUUCAGCUGCGACACGAGCACCAAUGACACCGUCAUGGCAGGCAUGGUGUUUGCACGCUACAUCCUGACCGGCUGCUGGAAGAACCUGAUCGACACGCUGUCCACACCGCUCACCGGCCGCAUGGCGGGCAGCUCCAAGGGUCUUGUGUUCAUCUUGGGGGCUGAAGGGGUGAAGGAGCAGAACCAGAGGGAGCGGGAUGCCAUCUGCAUGAGCCUGGACGGGCUUCGCAAGGCAGCCGGACUCAGCUGUGCUCUCGGUGUGGCAGCCAACUGUGCCUCCGCUCUGGCCCAGAUGGCCGCCGCCUCCUGUGUGCAGGAGGAGAAGGAAGAGAGGGAGUCGGCAGAGUCUGGGGACACCAUCGCACAAGUAAAGCAGCGGGUGGAGCUGCGUCUGGAGCAGAUGGGGCGCCCCCUAGGGGUGCGGCUGCACACGGCACACGUGCUCUGCAUGGACGCCAUCCUCAACGUGGGGCUGGAGAUGGGCAGCCACAACCAGGACUGCUGGCCACACGUCUUCAGGGUGACCGAGUACGUCAGCUCUCUGGAGCACAGCCACUUCAGCGACGGAAGCAGCCAGCCCCCGCUGACCAUCACGCAGGCCCAGCAGGCCGCUGACCCCAGCCUGGAGCUCGGUGCCGAACACAGCCCCGACCGCGAGCUGCCUCUGGGCCACCCGGUCAUCCAGCCCCUCUCCAUCCAGGAGCUGCUGAAGGAUAGUGGGCGGGGCAAGGGCCUCGAUCUGCGGGGGGGGAGCCUGCUGAGCGGGACGGGGGCCACCAAGGCCGUGUGCACCCUCUCCACCCAGGCUGACAGGCUCUUCGAGGACGCGGCCAACAAGCUGAACCUGGUGGGUCUUGUGGGCUUUCUGCACCAGCUGCGCCGAGCCUCCCAGUGCCAGCUCUUCGACUCUGUCACCGAGACGGGGGACUACUCCUUGGCCAUGCCAGGUGAAGCCAAGUCGACCCAGGAUAAGUGCAGUGCCCUGCACCUCUUCCGGCUGGGGGAGGCCAUGUUGCGUAUCGUGAGGAACAAGACACGCCCCCUGCUGCACAUGAUGCGGGCCUGGAGCGUGGUAGCACCCCACCUAGUGGAGGCUGCCUGCCACAAGGAGCGGCACGUGUCCCAGAAAGCCGUGUCCUUCAUCCACGACGUCCUGACGGAGGUGCUGACCAGCUGGGCGGAGCUGCCUCACUUCCACUUCAACGAGGCGCUGUUCCGGCCCUUCGAGCACAUCAUGCAGCUGGAGCUGUGUGACGAGGACGUGCAGGACCAGGUAAUCACCUCCAUAGGCGAGCUGGUGGAGAUGUGCUCUCCUCAGAUCCAGUCUGGCUGGAGACCCCUCUUCAGUGCUCUGAGGACUGUACAUGGCAGCAAGACUGACAUGAAGGACUACCUGAUGGGGGAGUACUCCAUGGGGAAAUCCCAAGCACCCGUGUUUGACGUCUUUGAGGCGUUCAUCAACACAGACAACAUUCAGGUGUUUGCUAAUGCAGCCACUGACUACAUCAUGUGCCUUAUGAAAUUUGUAAAGGGUUUAGGAGAAGUGGACUACAGAGAGAUUGGGGACUGUGUCCACAACACUGAAUACAGCUCCACAGAUCUGUGCCUCCCUGCUCUGGACUAUCUGAGGAGGUGUUCACAGCUGCUCGCCAAGAUCUACAAGAUGCCAUCCAAGCCAGUUUUCCUGGGUGCUCGGCUAGCCAGUCUGCCCAUGCGGGCACAGGAGAGGUCGGUGAGCAGCGAGGAUGGCAUGGACUCCGUCCUGGCGGAGUGCGAUGACGACACGGGCCUGAUCCAGGUGUGGAUUCUCCUCCUGGAGCAGCUGACGGCGGCCGUGUCCAACUGUCCUCGGCAACACCAGCCACCCACCCUGGAGCUGCUGUUCGAGCUCCUCAGGGAGAUCACCAAGGUCCCAGGGCCAGGCUUCGCCAUAUUCUCCGUGAUCCAGCUCCUCCUCCCUGUGAUGUCUGUGUGGCUGCAGCGUAGCCUUGGCGACCACUCCUACUGGGACAUCGCGGCCGCCCAUUUCAAGCACGCCAUUGGCCUGUCGUGCGAACUCGUCGUCGAGCACAUCCACAGCUUCAUCCACUCGGAUAUUGGCUAUGAGAGCCUGAUCAACCUGAUGCUGAAGGACCUGUUCAAUUUGCUGGUGUCCUGUGUGGCGGAGCCAGCAGAGACCAUCUCCAGAGUGGGCUGCUCCUGCAUCAGGUAUGUUCUGGUGACGGCCGGCCCGGUCUUCACGGAGGAGAUGUGGAGGCUGGCCUGCUGUGCUCUGCAGGAUGCCUUUUCCGCCACCCUGGAACCCGUCAAGAACCUACUGGCCUGUUUCCACAGCGGCUCCGACAGCUUCACGGGAGACGCCUGUGAGGUGAAGGUGGCCGCACCCUCCCACUCACCAUCCGCGGAGGCAGAGUACUGGAGGAUCCGUGCCAUGGCUCAGCAGGUGUUCAUGCUGGAUACCCAGUGCUCUCCCAAGACCCCUAACCACAAGGAGGGCUUUGAGCAUGCUCAGUCCUGUGUGCUGAUCAUCGAGCUGCCCCCUGACCAGCAGUCCAAUGGACAUACUGCAAAGAGAAUACCUUUCAGGACUAUUGUGGUGAGCCUGCUGUCACACCAGGUGCUGCUCCAGAAUCUGUAUGAUAUCCUACUGGAGGAGUUUGUGAAGAACUCCGGCCAGACGGACGUGCCGGAGAAGGCCACGCCCGUGCCGGAACCCAGACCGACGGGCUUCCUGCGCUACAUUUCCAUGCAGAACCUGGCUAUCAUUUUCGACCUGCUUCUGGACUCCUACCGUACCGCCCGUGAUUUUGACACCCGGCCCGGGUUAAAGUACCUCCUGAUGAAGGUGUCUGGAGUGGGCAGUGCUGCCAAUCUGUACCGCCAGUCAGCCAUGAGCUUCAACAUCUACUUCCAGGCCCUUUUGUGUGCCACGCUGACCACCCAAGAGAAUAUCACAGCUGAGCAGGUCAAGAAGAUCCUGUAUGAGGAUGAGGAGGGAAGCUCGGACUCCUCCCAGCAGUGCUCGUCUGAAGAUGAGGACAUCUUUGAGGAGACGGCACAGGUGAGCCCCCCACGGGGCAAGGAGAAGCGCCAGUGGAGGGCCAAGAUCCCCUCCCUCAGCAUCCAGCCAGCCAGCAGUGUGGAUUGGGUUUGGCUGGUCAAGCGUCUGCACAAACUCUGCAUGGACCUGUGCAACAACUACAUUCAGAUGCACCUGGACCUGGAGAGUACCAUGGAGGAGCCCCCCGUUCUUCGAGGAGAUCCCCUCUUUUUCCUCCCAGUCUUUCCCUCAGAAACCUCCACACCUUCUCCUGGAGGGCUGUCGGGACGGGGCACGCCAUCUGAGGACGGUUUCCGCUGCCACCCAGCUGAGACGCCAUCGGAGGAUGCCCACAGCCUGGGGGUGGGCACCAGCGUCCCGCUGAGGGGCGAGAGGCGAGACGUGCCCCGGAAAAAAGAGUGGUGGGAGAGUGCAGGAAACAAGCUGUACACUAUCGCCACCGAUAAGACGAUCACCAAGCUGAUGGUCGAGUACAAGAGGAGGAAGCAACAGCACAACCUCACCACCUUCGUGAAGGAGGCCAAGCCCGGCGAGAAGAGGAUGGAUCCUGUGACGCUCAGGGGCCCCGACUCGCCCAUUCCGCGGAGGCCCCAGCAGCUGCUGGACCAAGGAACAAUGCGGCAUUCCUUCAGUGCUGGCCCAGAGGUCCUCCGGCAGGAGAAAAGGUCCCGUUCUGGGUCUACUGCCAGCUCACAGAACAUUUCGCUUAGAGACUCCGAGGCACAGAUACAGGCAUGGACCAACAUGGUCCUGAUUAUCCUCAACCAGAUCCAGCUUCUCCCAGAUCCCACCUUCGUUGCCCUGCAGCCAGCGGUGUUUCCCUGCAUCAGUCAGCUGACGUGUCACGUGACGGACGUCCGUGUGCGGCAGGCGGUGAGAGAGUGGCUGGGACGUGUUGGCAGGGUGUAUGACAUCAUUGUUUAGGGGGCUGUGUCCUCACAGGUGAGGGGGAGGAGAGAUUGGAACCCAGGCUGGUAUGACUGCCUUCAUCUGUAUUAGAUGUUUGCUUUACCACUAAUACAAAGUUUAAGAAAGUUCCAGACAAUUCCUGGGAGAUUGUUAUUAUUUUACUGCUUAUAUAAAACAUCCAUGAAUUUAAGUCUGAUGUAUUUAUAGUUGUAUCUAAUCCUGAAUGUGAUCUAUUUAAGAUUUAUGCAUUUAUGUUUAUUCAACCUAUAUGGAAUAUAUAUUUUUGAAUUUAUGCUCCAUGUGAAAUGCAAUAUUUUCUGCCAAUAUGAAAACCAAGCACUAAGCAGAUACACAAACUAGAGAAACGACAGCGAUCGACUGCUGGAACGGGGGAAACGACGUCAUUUUGAAAUCAGCACACAAUGUCACUUAAUUUGCAUACAAUAUGACUUAAAGCUCACUCUAACCACCAAGUAAUCUGGCAGCUUCGAAAAAGCCACUUUCUCCCAGAAUUCUGCUCUGCUGCUCGUGUGUUUACAUCGUUAUGGUGAGAAACAGGUCUGAAACUGAUGAGGUGAAACGAGAGCCUUUUAACGGCUUAGAUUGUUUUUUGCCUUAAUGCCAAUUAACCUUUCGUCAAAGGAGGGGGGCACCAUUACUGUCUGAUCUGGUGCAAUGAAGCUUAUGAGAGAAAAAUCCCAGUUUGGGCUGGGCAGGGUGUCGAGUCAUUUCCCUCAGUUUGAGCGCUGCAUGGUCCACGUUCCCUUUCCUUGAGGGGUGGCGGAAUCACGCCACUUCUUGGCCUAGUGAGCGACUUUGAAGUCCCACCUCAUGCUGGUGCCAUAAUACAAAAAAUCCAUCAGUUUUCAUUUCCUGUGACCCCCCCACUGUCCCAUCUGCUGGAACAGACAGCUCACCUUAAAUCACCCAAACGAGAGCAGGUGAAUUCGCCCCCAGAAACAGGGGGUCGCAUUAAACAUCAUUCAAAUUAAAAUAGACCAAGGACACCGUUCAUGCAAUUACUUUUUCGAUGAUGCAUUUAUGGGGAAUAUUUGAAGAAAUCAAGCUUGAAACUAAUAUGAGAAACUCUAUUUCUAAAUAUUGUUUUACUUUUACAGACUGUCUGUACUGUCAGUGGUGUCGAAUUCACAUCUCAUUGAUUUUGCUCAGUCGGAUAUAAUAUGUAUUGGAAGUCUUGAGUUUAUGAGAGCUUUAAAAAACAAAUUAAUAAUAAUAAAUGACAAUAAAUGGUUAGGAAUCUGCCAUUAUUUGAGGAUGCACAAGGUCUCCAUUUUGUCUUUUGAUGAAUCAUGUUCAUUCUCAUACAGAAUUUUCCAUUGACUUAUUUUGCAGUCGGCUUUCGUCCAAAAUGACAUGAAUGAUACAGAAUUCUGUGAAGCUGUCCAUUAAUGGACAUGGAAAAAUGUUACAAAUUUACUAUGAAAUCCACCUAAAACGACAAAGACUUUAUGUACUUUCCACAUAGUAUAUCUUCCUUACAGAUCAUACAAUCACAAAUGAGUUUGUUAUUGUCAUCAUAAAUGAUGAGUCAGAGAUAUUAGGCUAUGCAUAUUAAUCCUGACACCAAACCAGUUUGGGGAAAGAAAACCUUUUUGUGUACAAGAUGAAUGUAAAGUUCUACAGAAAAUUCCUGAUUAUGAUUGGCGGGUUCAUGAUUGGCGGGUUCAUGAUUGGCGGGUUCAUGAUUGGCGGGUUCAUGAUUGGCGGGUUCAUGAUUACUGCUGGUGUCAGUGUCCUGUAACUGUUGUUGUUUUUUCAUGUUUUUUUCGUCUGCCUUUCUUGUCUAGUAAAAAAAAAAAGUAUAAAGACCAGAAUAUUUAUAUAUUACUGUAUUGUUUAUGUAUUUAAAUCUGUAUAUGUGUUUCUGAAAAUGGGCAAACAAUUGGCCACAUUUUGACAGACACUGUCCAUAACAGCACGACACUGUCUUGGCCACUAUCAUUCAGUGGGAACGACGCUUGUUCACUGUGAACCAGUUAGUCUAUUUAGGAGCUGCACUGGGAUUUCCUGAUCCAGUGUGACUGACCCAUCUUUGGACUGCUGCACUGAACAGUUUUAUUCAAUUUAAAAAAAAAAAAAAACAUUAUUACAUACAGCAUUAUUACAUUCAGUAAUCCACUAUUUAUGAUUAUUUUCACUCAACAAGAAACACAAGAGUGUAGCAGAGUGGUCUCUAUCCAGGCUGAACUGCAUACAGUGUCUGUGCAGCUUAUGUAUUUUAAAUUUAUAAUUCACUUAAAAUAAAAUCAGUGGGAUAUACUCUCGUCCAAUCGGAAAAAAACAAACACUCAUCACAAAAACUGGUCUAACAGUAAUAGUACUGACUAUGCCGUUUUCCAUCCUGCAAUCUUUUUAAUUUUUUUAAUUUAAUUUAUCUUGAAAACAAGCUGCAUGUGGUUUGAGUCGCUAGUUUUGACAGCGAGUACAGCAACAUGGUUAUGGGUUUGUAAACAAGCAAACUGUUACCCAGCACAUGUCUGCCAGCCUGGUUUUAAAUGAGUGCUUCAUGGAGAAGGUAGGGAGGGGGCACCUGUGACCCAGACAAUGCUUGGCACCAACUAUUUCAGAUUUAUAUUCCCCAUUUCUUUGCUCCUUUAGCUCUACUGUAAAAAGACCAUUACAGACCUCUGCAAUGUAAACUAGUACACCUGCUUUAUAAAUCACAGGGUGCAUUCUGCAUGCCGAAAACAGUUAUUAAUCAGAUAAUAACUUGCCUGUGAUUUACAAGAUUCUUUCUGAAAGACUACUUUCAUUAUAAAAAAAUAUAUAUAUAUUUUUGGUAGGAAUCCAGGAAUGCAGAGUAUUCACAAAUCUGCCAGGAAGCGCUUUAAUAAUGCAGAUCGAAAGUGGAAGGAGUAAAAGCUAGGCUCUUGAAAACUAAAUCUUACAAGUCAUUCUGCUCACAUUUUACAACACGGUUAAGAGCUUUGAUACAGGUUUGAUACAGACAAUUGUAUAAUACAGAAAGGAGGCUAUUGUUACAAUGUCCUGCUUUUCACCUUGGUUUAAUGUCACCAAAGCAUGUGCAGUGAACUCAUACCCACAUGGCUCCUCUCGGAUGGGACGUGAAGCGAGUCACACCAUUAAUUAGAGUCAUGAUGAGGUGUGAAAUGGUAUCGAACCCAGUACUAUAUGGAGUGGUUUUAAACAAAACUCUCACCUUUGGUAAAUUCUUGGGACUGUACCAUUCUUAAUAUUCUCUUUUGACUAAAACAAAGGACACUCUUCUCUCACAGAUGUAAUUUGUCUCAAGGUAUGUAAUGAACAAAAACUGACAUAUUAAAUAAGCUGUAUAUUCUGAUGUUUCCCAGUUUGAAAUUUACGUUGAAUGUGUUGUAGAAUAAACCAGCAAACGUUUUAUGUGUA